UUUCAAAAUGACUAUGACCCAGCAAAUUAAAGCAGUUGUCUACGAUUUCGGAGGAGUUUUACUCUCUUAUGAAGGUGUUAUGGAGAAAUGGGUUGCCAUGUCAAGAUCACUUGGACUUCCUGAUGAUGCUGUACACAGUGAAUCUGUCGGAAUUGAGUUUUCGCAGUGGUUGGGACCCGAUAGAAGUCUUUUCUUGGGUACAUUGACUGUCGACGAUUUGGAAGGAGGUCUCUUUUUGCAGUAUUUGAAGCAUAAGUAUGGAAACAAGCUGACUGACAACGUUGUGAUAAAACCAUUCACCGAGUGCCUUCGUGGAGAAAAUGUUAAAAUUCACAAAAAUAUGCAAAAAACCGUGGAAAUUCUUCACAAGAAGGGCUUCAAAACCGCCAUGCUGACAAACAACAUGUUCUUAGAUAAGGAGCACAAGGAAACCAGACUUCCAUGCGAUUUGACACAUUUCGAUGAAGUUGUAGAAUCUUGUUUGGAGCAUCUCAUGAAACCAGACGCUCGAUUUUAUCAUUUAGUUGAGAAAAGACUCGGAGUCAAACCAGAGGAAAUUGUGUUUUUGGAUGACCUCCAUGAAAACAUUGAAGCUGCAGAAAAGCUCGGAUGGAACACAAUUUUAGUAGAAGACAUUGAAAAGGCGAUUCAUGAACUUGAGGGUUUCACUAAGGUUAAGCUGAUCUAAUUGGUGAUGUAUGUAUAUCUAACCGCUUUAUAACUGCAAUAUAAUUAUCAAAUUGUCACUUUUUAUCAGGAAUAUAAUAAAUUGGAAUGGUAUCAAAAAAUAAAUAAUUUGGCGAUG